AUGCACGUGAACAAGAGAAUCGGUCGCUUCAAGCAAUGGGCGGGAGAGCGCAUGGGUGGUGAGGCCAAAACAUGUCAAUCGGAUGAUUUCAAGGCCAUGGAGACAGAGAUGGGCGUGCGCCAUGAAGGUGUUGAUCACAUUCACAAGUCCAUGACCGCCUACGUCAAGGCAAUCUCGAAGCGCACCGAGGGAGACGAUAAGGAAAAGACCCUGCCAAUUGCUCACCUGGGAAGUAGCAUGGUCACCCAUGGAGAGGAUUUUGAUGGAAAUUCUGAAUACGGGCAGUGCCUGAUCAUGUUUGGAAGGACCGAGGAGCGCGUUGCUCGUAUUCAAGAGAGUUACAUUGCACAGGCGACUUCAAGCUGGCUUGAGUCCCAAGAGAGGUCUCUCACGCAAAUGAAAGAAUACCAACAGGCUCGCAAGAAGUUGGACAGCCGACGACUAGCAUACGACACAUCGCUGUCUAAGAUGGAAAAGGCCAAGAAAGAGGAUUUCCGAGUGGAAGAGGAACUUCGCACUCAGAAAGUUAAAUACGAAGAAGCCAACGACGAGGUACUCCGCCGCAUGCAGGACAUCAAGGAGGGAGAAGUUGACAGCGUGAUGGAUCUGGGCACAUUUUUGGAUGCCCAGCUGGAGUACCACGACCGAUGCCGUGAAGCACUUCUGCAACUGAGAAAUGAAUGGCCUGGCGGGUCCGGCCAAGGCCCAGCACCACGUCGCCCCACACGAGCUCGCUCCAAUACUGCACACUCAUACCAGGAGCGCUACGAGCCCGUGCAGGAAGAGCUGACAAAUUCGGUGGAGAGCCGGCCCACUAUCCGAUCAACUAGAACCGUGUCGACCACUUUGGCCGACUCUUUCCCAAGAGAAGUUCAGAGAGAACCCCAGCCCAUCAGCAAUAGCUACUCCCGUCCGGCUUUGAGUCGAGUCCCCACUUUCGAAGGACCAACCCAGCUUCGACAGGAGCAUUCCCCAGUCGCAUCACAGUGGAUUCAACGAACAACCAGCGAGACUCUCGCCAAUCGUCGCAAUAGCACUUACUUGAACACUCGAGCGGCUGAUCCAUAUGCCGAUUCUGAAGUGAGCUCUUAUGGGUCGUAUGGUCGCUCCAGCCCAGAACGCAUGUAUGGCGAUCGAUCAUGCUCCCCAGCCACAUCACACGGUAGCAAUGUUCCUUCUCGGCAAGCCAGUUCUACAGCCUUGAAUGCGAGCCAUCUGAGCAAAAAAGCCCCUCCACCACCUCCCCCAUCUCGUGCAAAGAAGCCCCCUCCCCCGCCCCCUCCGAUGAAGCGGAGCUUGUCCACUGCGCCGACUGCAUAG